AUGCAGAUUCUCCAAAUCCAAACCGAUCUUCUCCGGGCUUCCGGCGGCCGCCGCCGCGGCGGCCGGCGGCAGAUGCAGCGGCUGCCGGCGGUGGUGCGGAGCCGCCGCAACUACGACCCGAAGGUAGUCUCCCUCGGCCCUUACCACCACGGCGAACCGCACCUAAUUUUAGGCGAAAGCUUCAAGGCCAAAGCCGUCGAAGCUUUCAUUACAGGGAGCGGCAAAGACAAGGCAUUUUUCCGCGACAACAUCCUUAACGAAAUCUCCGAAAUCCGUGCCUGCUACGAUGCCGGCUCCACCUCCGACUACGACGAUCAGGCCCUCUCCGAAAUGAUGCUCCUCGACGGAUGCUUCAUUAUAAAUCACAUGGAGGCACUGUCCAAUUCUAACAAGCUUGACGGCAUCCUCGACACCAUGGGAAUGGUCGGGUUUUCUUACACCGUUACGGACAUGUUCUUGAUCGAAAACCAGAUCCCAUUCCGCGUGAUCUCGUUGCUGACCCGCCUCCGUUACGACGAGGAGAAGGGGUCGGAUUUACUCGACGGGCUUUUGAACUUUUCGACGUUCCACGACAGCCGGCAUGGGGAGGAAUCCGGCGACGAUAUGCCUCUCCAUUUGCUCGAAGCCCUGCGCCGAAAGCUCACAUACACUUCCCCCAUGAAUGAACCCGUCCAACCAAAAUGGAAUCUUUUCAGGCACCGGAAAGAUUCCAAAACCCGAUCAUCAUCGUCGUCAUCCGCGGGACACUCGACAUUAAAGGCGCUCGCCUACACGUCCCGUUCCGUAACCGACCUCAAAGCCAAGGGCAUCUAUUUCGCCCCGAGCCCGACCUCGUGUCUCAAAGACGUGACAUUUCAAUCACACAACAUUUUCUUCGCCCGUCUUCUUCUCCCCGCCCGAUUCAUCUCCAACAAGUCGAUUAUCCUCUUCUCGAACCUCAUCGCGUACGAGCUCUGCGCGAGCGGCGCCACCGACUACACGGUGACGUCGUACGUGAAUCUGAUGAAGUCGAUGAUCCACUCGGCGAGGGACGUGAAGGAGCUGCGGGAGAGGAGGAUACUCAUAAGCAACGUGGGGGGCGACGAGGAAGUGAUGCGAGUUUUGAGGGAGAUCGAGACUUACGACGUCGAGAACGCCGACAUUUUCGACGGCGUGAAGGCGAGGAUCGAGAAACAUUACGGCAGCCGGAGGCUGACGUGGAUGGCGGAGCUCGUGCAUAAGUAUUUCGAUAGCCCGUGGACGGCGAUCGCGCUCUUCGCCGGAGUUUUUUUACUUCUCUUGACGCUUGCUCAAACGCUUUUUACCAUUCAUCCCUUUCAUGUAUAG